UUGAUGCAAUACUAUAUUAUAGAGCCGUUGUCUCAUACGCAACGGAAAAUAAUUCUCGAAUGGUUGGUUUCCUACUAAGCGCCAAAUUGAAUCUUCCUGACACCAAAUUCUGGUGUCACAAAUUCUGCAGUGCAUCUCCUCCAGAACUUUGCUAUAGAAAUUAUAAAUUAUACCUUGAUUCCAAAAUGGUAACCAUUGUUAAACGCACAGGUCAGAUGCUUUGUUCAAUCCAGUAAUUAUUACUCAAUCAUUACGAAAAUCUAGCGACACCUGAAUUCACUCCUGUCCUGUGGUUUGCCAAUCACAGGGCCCACAUAGUUCUUUUUGGGUUUUUGCGGCUUUUCCGUGUUGGAUAGAAAUGCUUAAGCAACCUGAAACCAGCGAAUACAAAUAAACUACUCUGAUUUGCCGAAUCUAUACAGGCAAAACUGUAAGAAAUUUGCCCCAAAAUAGAAGUGAGGGCCUGCUAUACCAACUUUGGUUUUAGUCUCAAUUCAGUUGAAGGGAUGUGUGUUGGAAGCUAUUAAGAGAAGUUGACAGGAUUUAUGAAAAAAUAGAUUUGGGUGCCGUUUGGAGACUGUGAAAGGUAAAGAUUCCAGAGGCAGAUCAAGGAAAGAUUGAAUGUUGUUCAAUCACAAAGCAGUUCCAUGGAUUCCUGUAGCUGAAUUGCAUUUUAAUCAUUGACAGGAUCAGGAGGCUCAAAGUCAAAGGUGAUUGUGUGCUGUAAAGGAUCACUAGACACGUUGGUGAGUGUCCUAAGGAUCUGAAGAAACAUUUGUUAUCAAGUGUUGCAAGAGAGUUUCAAGGAUGACUUCAGACACUGUAUCAGCAUCUGAAAGGAAUGACAGCAGAGCCCCUCUACUGCCUGAGAGCCAGCAUAAUCUAAAAGAUUCUGAUUGUAAAAAUGCAUCAUUUUCAGGAGCAGUAUUUAAUCUGUCAACAACUAUUGUUGGAGCAGGAAUCAUGGGAUUGCCUGCUACAAUGAAGAUUUUAGGACUUGUUCCGGGGAUUUCUCUAAUUGUGCUUGUUGGACUUUUAACAAAUGUGUCCAUUGAGAUUCUAUUGAGGUUUAGUAGAGCCUGCAAGGCCACUUCAUAUGGAGGUGUCAUGGCGGAUGCAUUUGGUCCACUUGGAAGGAUUUUACUGCAGAUCUGUGUCAUCAUUAACAAUCUUGGUGUUCUAAUUGUAUACAUGAUCAUCAUUGGUGAUGUUGUCUCUGGCACAUCAGCAAAUGGUGUGCAUCAUUCCGGUAUCUUAGAAGAAUGGUUUGGUGUCUGUUGGUGGACUGGGCGGAAGGCUACAUUGCUUUUCACUACAAUUUUUAUCUUGGUUCCCCUAGUAUCUUUUAGACGUGUAGAUUCCUUGAAAGUUACUUCUGCAAUAUCAGUGGCAUUAGCUGUUCUGUUUGUUGUGAUCACUGCUUGCAUUGCAAUUUUUAAAUUGUUCAGUGGCAACCUUCACAUGCCAAGAUUAUUUCCAGUUAUUGUUGAUCAGACUUCACUGUGGAAGAUUUUCACAGUUGUCCCAGUGUUGAUUACUGCUUACCUCUGUCACUAUAAUGUUCAUCCUAUACACCGUGAAUUGAAAACCUCUUCACAAAUGCAAUCAGUUGUUCAAGCAUCACUUACCUUAUGUGCAGCAAUAUACAUAACUACAAGUUUGUUUGGUUAUACCCUAUUUGGAGAUCAAACUAUGGAUGAUGUUCUAGCUAACUUUGACACAAAUUUGGGGGUUCCUUAUAGUGAUAUUCUGAAUGACAUUGUCCGUAUUAGCUAUGCUGUCCAUCUGAUGUUUGUAUUUCCAGUGAUACACUUUGCUUUGCGCCUUAAUCUUGAUGGGCUUAUCUUUCCAUCAGCACAGCCUCUUGCUUCAGAUACUUGGAGAUUUGUUUUAAUCACUGCUGGGUUAGUUGGGAUUGCCUUUGUGGGUGCUGUGUUCAUUCCCAGUAUCUGGCUUGCAUUUCAAUUCACAGGAGCUACUGCAGCUGUUUGCUUGGGCUUUAUCUUCCCAGGUGCAAUUGCACUCAGAGACACUCAUGGCAUCUCAACAAGGAAAGAUAAAUUUAUUGCAUUGGUAAUGAUUAUACUGGCAGGAAUUUCUUGUUCAAUUGCUGUAUACAGUGACAUUGAUCAGUUAUUACAGAAAAGUAGCACAGUUCCAAAUUCUCCUACAUUAUGAGACUGUAGUAUUUACAAAAUUAUUUGUGCCUGUGACACUGCUCCUGUAUAUGUAGGAUUCUUUAGUAGGGUCUAGUGAACAGCAAUAAACUGAUUGUCGAAACAUAAUGAACAAGCUCAGAGAAGCAUAAUGUAUUAUAAUUAAAGCGUGCAACCGCAAACAUUUGGUAUUGACUUUCCAAAGCUUUGAAGAAAUAUAGGAUUAUGUCAUUUGUAGCUGCAAAUUAUGCAGCAUAUGCAUUGUCCUACCUCAGUAGUGACUGAGGCAGCAGAGGUUUAUGCAAACUUAUGUAGUUUUGUAAUUAUGCAUUGGUCUUUUCAUGCAGUACUAAUGUUUCAACACGAUUAAAUUAUUCAUCUAUGCAAGGCUGAUAAUCCUGAUUGUAGAGUA